UGCGAGUCGGCCAGUCCUUCAAUUCUCAUUUCCUUGAGCUUUUGCCUCCUGCUCAGGUCUGACGCGUUUUGCAUGCAUCGAACGUCCUGAGGCCCGAGUCAAUGCAUCGAUGCAUCGGCGCAAGCGUAACUCAUACUGUUGAACAAUGAAGCGUCUGACCAUCACCAGCCAGCCAUGCCACCUGCUUGCAGCCAGCGCAGAGGGCCACCAACCUGCAACGACAUACCCCCGCGCCAUCAGGAUUGGAUCUAGUCUUCUUGUCGCUUACACUGAGUUCUCUCCAUCAUGCCAGAAAAUUGUCAUUGGCAUGUCGAACCUCAACAGUGUCGUCCAGUCUGGCUUCCGUCCAAUCGGCAUGGUCGACCAGACCCGAGCAAACGAUCUCGACAACGCCAUCUUGCUCAUGACGGCCAGUCCUGCCACGACUUCGCCUGAGGACGGCAAACGUCUGCUUUGCUUCUUCCGCAAUCACUCACGCAAGACCGAUGGCUUUGAAUGCUACCGUAUCACUUGCUGUCAUUCCGAGGACGGCGGUCAGUCGUGGCGAUUCUUGUCUGAGCCUGCUUGCCGACCUGCGCAUGCUCCUUGGCCUGCUCAUCCUAUCGCUCGCUUAGGAGAGCAGGCGAUUGGGCCUAAGACUGAGCGCACCGGCGGGCUCUGGGAACCCUUCGCCCGACUCGAUCGGUCAGGACAUAUACAACUCUACUAUGCAGACGAGCAGUCGCCGAGCAUGCAGACUAUAGUCCGCAAGAUCUCCCGAGAUCACGGCAAGACUUGGUCGGCGCCAAUCGAGAUCUACAGACCGCUCAAGGACGAGAGAAUGGGUAUGCCUUCUAUUGCCGAAGUCACACUGGCCAAAGGGGCAAAGAUGCUCGUCAUGACCAUCGAGAACAUGCGCGAGGGCCAUUUCGUGAUUCAGACACUCAGAUCGACUGACGACGGCCAAACGUGGUCAGAUUGCCAGACCAUCUAUUCGCCUGCCGACGGCCACAACGCAGGCGCGCCAUUUGCCCUUGGGCUGCCUCACGGCCAGUUCGCCGAAUCUAACGAUGGCGAUGUGAAGAGCAAGAAGGGCAUGGCAAGAUGGAUUGAUCGACUUGCUAACGGCAGGGCUGCCAUCACCGAACCUGCAAUAGCGGUUGCCUUUAUGACCGAUGAGGAUACCAAGAGGCGCUGCUGGUUCGAAGGCGCUUCACUCAAGAUUAUCGUCGCUCGUCUGAUCAUCACGUCCAGCAAAUCUUUACCAAAAUUGCAAUGGCAGUCGAGGCCUACGCUGAUCUGUCCGCCUCAAACAACUUGGCCAGGACUCGUGGCGCUUGAAGGUGACGCAAUGCUCGUCUUGUACGAUCAUCAAGGCACAUGUCGACACCAGCAUUUGAUGAUCUGCUGACCCAGCGCAGAGAUUCGCACCGCAUAUAAGACUCGCUCCGUGCAUGUCUCGUGCCGAGCGAACAGACCACCUGCUUGUCGCAAACUGGCAUGCUGUGGGUCUGUGCUCGCCAACCGUGCGCCCUAAGAUUCGUUUUCGGUUCGGCCUUGUGCGCCCUGCAUAGCGGCGCGCUGCAGACCCAUGAUCCGAAUCGGCUGAUCGUCAGCUAUAAAUCAUGCCGGGCCAGCCAUUCAAUCCAUCAGUCAGCUUCACCUCCAUCGCAUCAACAGUCUCACCAGUACUACCACUUCAGAGUCUAUCACUUGC